CUCAUCGCCUUGUCUGCACAUCACGAUCCCUGUCCGUUUGCAUCUUCUAGCAGAAUUAUCGCUCAACACGUGGCUGUACGUUCCGUUCCGGGAGCGAUAGAGCACAUCCUUUCCUGUGGCGACUGAUCCAGCUACUGCUGCUUCUGCAUAGAAUUUUUGAUCUGUCCCAGAAGGAAUAUUGAAUAUUGUGUCAACAUCUGGCGGAACGUAUACGUAUCAGAUCCUUCAUACCUCAUCACAGCGGUAGCAGGGCUUGCCGCGAGUGCAUCAGACCUGCGCCUGCUGGGGCAAGCGGUCCAGUGGCCAAAGAUGGAAGACAUAUUCGGGCCGGAACCGACAGCAGACAUCCCUGCUGAGGCCGCCGCUUCGGAGACGAACAAAAACCUCGAAGAAUUUGAUGACAUCUUCGGCGAUGGAAGUACAGCGGCACCAGCGGCAGGCGAGGGAGCAGGCGGUUCAAGCUCGGAGCAGGCCAAGGACGCGCCCGCAGUGCCCGCAGCAGCGUCAGGUGGGAGUGGUCUGGACGAGUUCGACGAUAUUUUCGGGGACUCCGAGCCUGUCGAAGCCGCUAAUGCGGGGGAAACGGAGGACGUAGCCGCAGGCGGCGCUCCCUCAGCAACAGGGGAGGAUUCGACUCCAGCAGUAGCAGCAGCAGCAGGUCCUGGCGCUGCUGCUGCUGCUACUGAUGCCACGGGUGAGGCAAGGGGAGCCGGGGGAGACAAAGAGUUCUUGGACUUUUUGUAUGACGGCGAUGAUGCGGGCUCAGGAGAAGCGGCAUCGGAACCCCCACCGGCAACGGCGAAAUCACCGGCAACGGCGAUGUUGGGCUCAGCAGGUUCGCCGCCGUUUGGCCGCAAGAGCCCGGACUCUAACUCUACGCUAGGCGAGGAAGGCUCGUUCCUGGAGAUCCCUCCUACUAUCACGAGUCCGUUCCAAGCGCUAGAAGAAGUAGCGGGACCAGACUCCCGGCCGGCAUCGGGCCCGUUGGAGGGUUCUCCGCUCAAUCUGCCUAUUGCGGAGGAAUCGACGGCUACAGCAACAGCGGCGAGCGAGCCAAAACCGAGCUCCCCGGUCCCUACGGCUACGUUGGAAACCUACGUGCGCAAGGAAAGAGCGGAGGUGUUGCGACCCUUGCCGGACGACCCGGCCGCCGCCCUGCGCGAGGUUGCAUCACCCGGGGUUCCACCUACCGGCGACGGCGGAGAUUCUCAGGAGGAAGGAACGGCAGCAGCAGACGACGUGGGCUACGUGCGGCGGCUGUGUGCCGCAACGGGAGGGUUCCUCCCGCCCGACCUUCGGCCCGUGGUGUGGGGUCUUCUCCUGGGCCGUGGCCGGAAGCCGUCUGACGCGGGUUUCCUGAAGUGGCGGGCGCGGAGGCGGGAAGCGCUUGCGGCGGGAGCCGCCGACGCCCCCGCCGUUUCCUACAAGCUGGACCUGCGGAACGAUUGCCUCGCGCUCGCGCGGCGGCUGUGCGAUGAUGACAACGUCGCCGGGGAGAACGAUGGUGGCGGGGCUGGCAAUGGUGCUAGCUGCGAGGGGGGGGGUGCGAAGAAAGACCCGGAAGCUCUGGCGUUCGAUAUUGAAGAGGUCCUGACUUUCUACUGCACGCGCAGAUCUGAAGCCUACGAGCCCGUUCUGUGUGCCCUCGUCGGUCCGCUCUUCUCGAUGGGCCUUGACGCCCCCGCCGUGUCGACGAUGCUGAACCCUCUCGUCGGCUCCGUCACGCUCUUCUUGGGGAGGGGGCUGACACACGCGGUGCGGGACUUGGCGUGGGCGCACGCCCACCGGCGUCUGCACGACCUGUGCACGUACCACGACCCGGAGCUGGUGCAGCACCUCAACAGGUCUUUCCCAGGUUGGGAGAUGCCUCUCCCUGGGGCCAGCGCAUCGCACGCGGAGACAAGCGCUCUCGACCAAGAAGCUUCAGCAAUGGUCGACGACCUCGAGUCCUCCCUGGAAGGCUUUGCCCCCAGGCGACGCUCCAUGAAGGCCGGCUCGGCGGCGCAGGCGGAAGCGGUCGGCGGUGCGGCGGCGGGGGGGCCGGCGGCGGCGGCGGCGGCGGCCGGGCGGCCGGCCCGAGCGGCCGGGAAGGGCUUGGUGGAGCCGUCGCUGCUGGUGGCGGCGAACGCGGCGCUCGGGGCGUCGGCGCCCUUGGGGCGGCUCCUGCCGCUGUGGGACUACCUGCUCGUGCGGCACGACAAACACUUCGGUUUCUUCUUGCUUCUGGCGGCUUUGCUUCGCCGCCGAGAGGAGCUUCUCCUUGCGACCGGUCCCCAGCUACGCCUCCUUUUGGCGGAAACUCUUUCCCCCUCGGCGAUGGCGAGCCUCUUAGUCGACGGAGAAGAGAGCCUCGAGGGGGAGGCAGCAGCAGCAGCGGCAACGGUGGUUGCUCCGGCGCUUGCCCUGUGGUGCCAGGAGGCGGAGGCGCUUGACCUAGCGACGCCGGAGUCGUUCAGGCACCACCUGGCGCUUAUCGGCGAGAUUGCUGAGGCAGAGCACGAGGCGGCUGUCAGAGCGCGUGCGCGACGGAGGGCGGAGGGAGGGAGUGGCGGGCCGGACGGGAAGGCUGUGGAAGUACCGGCGUCGUCGGGAAGCAAAGAGGCUGGCCCAGCAGCGGACAGUGGUUCUCCGUUGGCGCCGACCUCACCCAGACCUCAAGCGGCGGGGCAAGCAGGGGCGGAAGCAAGCAAAGGGCUGGGUCACCCGUCUCUGCUGCGCAUGCGGACGAUGAUGAAGACGGCGGGAGACAAGCUGGCCGCGGAUUUCAAGAACCUCAAGGUGGGCAAGGGUUCCUGCAGAAUCUUUCUCUUUCCAAUCCUCACACUCGCCCGCCCGAACCCAGAAAACUUCCGACAAUCUCGGGAAGGCCUCGCCCCUCCGACAGAGCUGUCACUGCCGCAGCUGUGCCUCGCCGUCAGUGCGAAGGAGCUAGUGGCGGGGGUCUCCGGCAGGCGUCGGGAGCGUGCUGCGACAGGGGAUGGGAGUGGAGAGGCGGGGGCAAGAGGGGCGAAGGGCGUGGAUGCCGAAGGGCGUCAGGGUUCGCUUUUCAGGCAGCGACAGCCGUUGGCAUUUUUCGCGGUCGACUGCAGGCCUAAGCAGCAGGUGGACGCAGGCCGGUUUCCGACUGCGUAUCACCUAGAUCCAUCGGCAAUGGAGAACCCGGAAGAAAUGGCCGAGAAAAUCAUGCCGGUGUUCGAGCCCCUUAGGAAGCGGGCGCACGUAUGUCUUAUCGGUAGCGGGGAUGGGCAUCUCCGGGCGAGGGGGCUUGCGGAUGGGAACGGGCACCAGGUUGGGGGGGGUAUCGGGAGCCAGAGGGCCGCGAGAGACGACUACAGCUACGUGAACACGUGUGCUCUGUUCUUCGUGAAGCGAGGGUUUCCGUACGUGUCGGUGCUUGAGGGGGGGUAUGCCGCCGCCCAUGAGCUGGUGACGGACACGAUGGCCGCCGGGGCCGAAGGGGUAGGGGACGUCGCUCUCUCCGCCGUCAUCGUCGACCACAUCACCGCCGCCUGCCGGCUCUGCCUUGUCCAGAAGCCCGGCGGCGCCAGCGCUCCCGUAGGGUCGAAGUUCCCGCUCUCCCCGCCGCUGUGGGAGCGCAUGGGGGCGGCCGAUUCGUCCACCCACGGCAUUAUCGCCUCCACCGACGACAGCUGCAAGGGCAGCGGCAAGAAGGGGAGCGAGUCGCCGUUCUUCCCGACUAAGUCACCGGGCACGGAGAAGACUUCGUCCUCUAGCCACAGCAGCGCUAGCGCCAGGAGUGGUGGCGAUGUGGUCAGCGGCGGCGAGGGAAGCGGCCACGACAGCUCUGCCACCGCUCCUCCUGUGGCCGCCGCUGGCACCACCACCGGCAGUAGCAGUAGUAACAUGUUCAGGGGGGGGACCAUGUUUAGCGGGAUGAAGAUCAACAUGGGCGAAAUCUUCAAGAAGGGUGCCGCGACAAGCAACGACCCCGAGGGAGGAGCUAGUGCUGAGGCCGCGGGAUCGGAAGGGAGUUCUAACACUACUGCUCAGGCUGCGGCGGAUAAACCGGAGGAGGCGGGGAAGGGGGAUCGGGAGCCCGCCACAGACUUGGCGGCGAAGCUUCGCAUCUCGCUUGGCAGGUUCGGUAGCUUGAAAGAGGUCAAGAAGGAUACCGACGGGGCUGGUAGCGAGGCUGCGACGGCGGCGGCGGCGGCAGGGGGCUCAUCUGAAAAGGACAAGGACUCCGGGAUCGGAUCGCUAUUCCGAAAGGCGCAAUCCUUCAAGGCGGCCGACGUAGCCGCAGCGUUCGCCGAUCUCCGCGACGGGCCCAAGACCUUUGGUGCCGCCUCCCCCACGGAGGUGGAGGAGGUGCUAGGGGAGGAAGAGGACGAUGACGAUGACGCGGGGGAGCUAUUCGUAAUCGGCGAUGAUGAGAGUGAGACCAGCGAGAACCCGGACAGUGACUUCGAGGGCUUCGACGGGGAGCAUCCGCCGCCGCGUGCUGGAGGCGCUCGCACCGCGGCGGACAAGGAAGUCGCGCUACUGGAGCACCGCCUCAGCGGACAAAUCAAGGGGGCGACAAUGGUGAGCGUGGUUGGUUGUGGCAUGGGUACACUAACUGUGCUUCUUGCGGUUGGCGACCUUGCGGUCGUAGACGACUUUCUCAAGGUGCCGGGGGCCAAGGUGUUCACCGUCACCAAGCACAAGGUGACCUUCCACGACGUCGACGCCACCCCGGAAACCUCGUCACCAGACAGCAGCACCAGUACCGCCUCUCCCGAAAACGACGCCGAAGGCGAGGACGCAAAAGCUAGAACCACCGAGGAGAUGGGAGUUGCAGGAGAUUCCGAGGUCGAAGCGAGCGGCAACGCAGACGGCGAGGAGGAGGAGGAGGAGGAGGAGGAGGAGUCGCGGCAGCAAGAGGAGGGGUCCAAGAAGAAGGUGAGGGUCCGCGCGGUAACGGAGCUCGAGCGCGUGGUCUUUCUGUCGCGGGAGCGCAUCUUGGUCCUCGCCUGCCCGUCCGGACCGACAAGCCCGGGGCUCGUGAAGUCGAACCACCACCUCACCGAGCUGCAGAAGAUGACCUUCAUGAGGAGAGACCCAUCGCUGGUGACCCUGCACUACUUGGCGCCGGGGGGCCAGCAGGAGGAUGGUUCUCCCGGGGCGACGAAGCGGAACGUGUACCGGUUUGGUCUGGACGACAAGGAGGCGUUUAUCCGGAUCAUCCGAGGGGCUUUACAACGGUUCCAGGCGUAAGAAUGAGCUGGGCUCGUUUUGGCCUAUUUUUUCGCUCCAGAGACAGCAGCAGUGUGCGGUCGAAUUUGAUGGGGAACCACUGUUGGUGGUUCGGACAUGGAUGGGUCCCUUUGUUGUCUGUGACAAGACGGUUAGAUACUGUGGCAUCAGUUUCAUUUCUUCAUUGGGUGUGGUUUGGUUUGGUUGUUCGGCCUUCCCGGUUGUUUGGAGUUUUUGUCAUCCGGUCGCGUUGAAUCGUGCCUUGAAACGAUACCGUUGUUUUUUAUGCAGUCGGGCAAGGGUGGUGGCGGUAGUGCCCAUAAGCGCACACGUAUGCUGCGAUGUUGGAAGGCGUUUUUUUUUGCUUCGGAGAGGAGCGCUAAGCGUGCCCCCCAAGGACUCCUCCCGUUAUAGGGGUGGCGCGGGUCGGCGCUUGUGUUUCGCGUUUUGGCACGCUUCCGCUCGGUUCUCCGAAACUGCAAUCCAUGCGCAGCUAAACAGACCGCCUCAGCUUCAGGAGUUGCCACUCCCGCUGAUAUGUCGAUGAGGCUCGCUGAACUGCUGGCUGCUCCUUCCCGCAAAUCGACGGCCGGCGCGACGUUUCUGCCUCUGUCGUUGGUGUCGAUCGAGGCUGGAUGUUACCGAGUAUGGUCCGUAGCACUUUUGCUGCGAAGUUAGGCUGGGCGCAGCUAGUGCGUCCAUCAGCAAGGUCGUCGUGUGCCUAGCGACGUGCCUAUAUACUGGUGUAGGUCUAGGUAAAGAGGUGCGAUGCACAUAGUAUGGAAUAGACGAGCCGCAGCAAGCAGUUUGUGCGUCGCGGCGAAGGAAUCACAGGCCAGGUGUGUGCGUCCUUCUCUCUGUUUUGUUAUGCCCGUACAGUCGACCCCGCUGUAAGGACGCUCGCGUUCAAAGGAAACUCCCCGCCUCAAGGAAACUUUUUUUGCCAAGCACCACGGGCCCCG